AUGCUUAGUCCGAAGAUACAACGCUCUAUACGCGUCAACGAUGGCCAACUCAUCGCCUUAUCAGAACGUGCUCAGUAUGACCAUUCACAGGCGGGUUACUUGCACAAACGUAGCUCGGACAACACGAAAUGGCAACUGCGAUGGUUCAUUCUUUAUCAGAACCUGCUAUUCUACUACGAAUCCGAAAAUAAUACACGGCCAACAGGUGUGCUGCUUCUAGAGGGUUCAUAUUGCGAAAGACUCAGCAAAUCACCAAUAGAAAGAAAUGCUUCAUUUUGUUUCAUCAUAUCUUAUCGCCGUGAGAGUCAACGUCAGUACGAACUGAGAGCCGCUUCCGAGGUAGACUGUGUUCAUUGGGUCGACGCGAUCAGAGAGGCGAGCUUCAAUAAGCUUUUACUCCAAAAGGAAGAGCUGGAGCAGAAGCAAUUGCAUCUUCUUCAGGUCGUGGAGAGCGAGCGUACAUCUCGAUGGCAAUACGCCCAGCAAUGUGAGGAACUGUCAAAUGAAGUGAAAAAACUGCGCUCUGAGUUAUAUGCUUACAAGAAAGAACAUGAGCCAUCUACACGGGCGACGUCCACCAGCAGCCUGUCUCCGACUCUUUCUGAUGAAAUUGAUCCGUCAGAGUUGCGCAAAAUUAAAAAAGUCCAGAGUUUCUUCCGAGGCUGGCUUUGCCGACGCCGGUGGAAACAAAUUGUGGAACAAUACAUCAAGAGUCCACAUGCCGAGAGCAUGAGAAAGAGAAACAGCCUCGUUUUUAAAAUGGUCGAAGCCGAAGAAGAGUAUUUGGAACAAAUGGAAAUAUUGGUGACGUGUUUCCUUCGCCCAUUCAAAAUGGCCGCCAGUUCUAAGAAGCCCCCGUGCACUCAUGAAGACGUCAAUUCCAUAUUUCUGAACAGUGAGACCGUGUUAUUUCUACACCAGAUCUUCUUCAAAGGUCUCACUUCGAGAAUGGAGUCGUGGCCCACACUUGUCUUAGGAGACCUAUUCGACAUGCUACUCCCGAUGCUGACAAUAUACCAGGAGUACGUACGGAAUCAUCACUACUCUCUCCAAGUACUAACUGAGUGCAAGCAAUCACAGCCUUUCACCCACCUACUCGCUCGGUUGGAAAGCAAGACGGCAUGCCAAGGACGAUCUUUGGAAACCUUCUUAACGUUUCCCAUGCAUCAGAUCCCACGCUAUAUAAUAACUCUGCAUGAGCUGCUGGCCCAUACCCCACACGACCAUGUUGAGAGACGUAGUCUUCAACAUGCGCGGGCGCAGUUAGAAGAACUAUCGCGGCAAAUGCACGAUGAAGUGAGUGAAACGGAAAAUCUGCGGAAGAACUUAGCAGUUGAACGAAUGAUUAUUGAAGGAUGCGAUAUAUUGUUGGAUGUGAACCAAGUGUUUAUACGGCAAGGAACUCUGUCCCAAGUGGUGGGUAAGGGCCGUCGGGCAACAUUGCAGUCAAGACAAGCCUUUCUCUUUAGCAACCACCUUCUGCUUACUACAAGGGCUGCUGGUGGGCGUCUUCAUCUUCCACCAUCAGGGAGGCUACCACUGCAUGAUGCACUACUCAUCGAGGAUCCAUCCAGCCACGAUGAUGAUGAUACCGCGUCGGUCUGCUCUUCACCCGGUGGUGACUGCUAUCAAAGCAAAGACUUCAAAAUACUCGUUGAAGUUAAAGGAGAACACAUAUGUGCUCAGUUAGUGGCAGCGACCAUAGAAGAGAAAGCCGCUUGGACGAGCGAGUUGGCCCAAUGUAUGGAAAGUGCGGCUUUAACUGAGUUACUAAGAGCCUCUGGGGCUUGUGGUACUGCAUCGGCCAGUUUACCGGCUUGCAGGUCCGACCGGGCCCUUUUCACGGAUGACGUCGAUAUCAGAUUCAGCAGAACUCUGAACUCUUGCAAAGUACCACAAAUACGAUCUGCCACGCCCCAACGUUUACUACAGAGAUUGACAGACCUUCGCUUUCUCUCCGUGGACUUCUUAAACACAUUUCUCCUAACAUACCGUGUGUUCACUGAUGGAGUGACGGUAUUGGAAGCCUUAAAGGCAGUGUUUUAUGAACAGUCUCAGCAGGAUAUGGAUCUUCCACCACCACCGGAUGCUGCAAGGAAAGCUAGCGGGGCUAGCUCUGUCUCAGGUUAUGGUUCAGAAUACGGUGACAGAGACUGGCAGUCAAGAUUUUGGCGCAUCCAGCGAGGAAAAAGCGAAGAAGAAGAUAAAUUGUCGCCCUACCUAAUGGCACCAUCGAGACGCGCGUCAGCAGUUGGAAAGCCCGACGAAGAGAAUAAAGAAAACACUCAUCUAACGAUUCCAAAAAUAAUGGCGACGUCCUCCAGUAACGAAACGUUAAAGGGAACUCUUUCAACUGGCACGGGGACAACAGGUACUUCUCCAUCCUCUCCUGGGGCCAUUAGCUCCGUAACUCUAGUAGGGAGUCGGAAAAGUAGCCCAGAACACGCUGUUGAAGUUGGAAAAAAAGAAUCGCCAACCAAAGUUAAAGACAAUGAUAAAGCAGCUAAAAUGAUGAAGGAUGAAAGUAUCGAACUGGUGGACCAGAGCGAUGAAGAUAUUAAGUACAAGGAAGAGGAACAAGAGAAACAUAAGCCUAAAAUUGAAGAGAAGUUUAAGAUUUCUCAGAGAUUUUCAGAGGUUAGUAUCUCCCACAUCCAACGAGUACGUACGAUGUCUGAAAGUCCCCGACGGCUCCAACCAAGCGCAGGGCAAAGCGCCGCGGAGCUCCGUCGUCGGUCCGAAGGUGCUCGGGAGACUGCGCCCCCAACGCACGAACCUCGCCGUGCGUCGGAUACCGCAGCACGCAUUUCUAGAAGGUCGGUCAGUGAACGUCGGCCAACAAAUUCAUCGAUAAAUGGAGAAAGACGACGUCAUUGGGGAAGUUCGGAGCCACGCUCUUCUGUCGCCUCCCAAGCUUCACAAAUGCAGAAACAAUGUGCAAGAUCUAGAAUUGAAGCAUCAAUAGACAUGAUUAAAAUUGAUGUUUUUGUACAUUUACCACAGAACUAUCGCCGCGAAACUGGUCAACCGAAAGCUGGAGUAGUCAUAACUUCAUUCAGACAAUCACAUAGGAGGAGCAGUACAUCAACUGCUGCAGUAGCCUUUGCUGUGGCUACAUCUGCUUCAUCAAAUCCUCGAUCACCGCCAGCUAACUCUCCCACACAAGCGAGAAGAGAUUCUGUCAUAUCAACCGCUGCUACUAUGAGAGUCUUGAAUGUACUUCGGCACUGGAUAUCGAAACACUCAUCUGAUUUCUGGUCUGACGAACGUCUUCGCGGUCUUACCAUGGAUUUCCUGAAAGAGAUAGAGAGUAGCCCUGGUCUGCUACCGUCCGAACAUAAAGCGGCUUCACAAUUAUUGCGACUUCUUGAACGGUCUCCGGACAGAAAUGUGGACUUAAAAGCCAUUUUUGCACCACCAAAGGUACCCACUAAAGAAUGUCUCGAGACGUUGUCGGCCCUCGAAAUUGCAGAACAGAUGACAUAUCUUGAUUAUCAGAUAUUCAGUUCGAUUCACAGCGAGGAGUUCCUAGGACAAGCGUGGACGAAGGCUGACAAAGCAGAACGCGCCCCUCAUAUACUAAUGAUGACGGCCCAUUUCAACCAUAUUUCUAGCCUCGUCAUCUCAGAGAUCCUAAAAAGAGUGCCGUUUCCAGGAACCCCUCGCGACCUCCCGGAACUCCAAGAGCACGCUCUCAAAUGCCGCGUUGGUUCCAUCGAAAAGUGGAUAGCCGUUGCGGACAUUGCUCGUUGUCUUCACAACUUUAACGGUGUACUACAGAUUUGCGCAGCUCUUUCGAAUACGUCUAUAUUUAGACUUAAAAUGACCUGGGAGAAGGUUUCGAAGACGAGCAAGCAAACACUAGAGAGACUACAAAAUCUAACAUCGUCAGAAUGUCGCUUCAGGAAUUUGAGAGACGCUCUACACAGGUGUGACCCGCCCUGCAUCCCAUACCUUGGCAUGUAUCUGUCAGACCUCUCUUUCAUAGAAGAGGGAACUUCGAACUUCACACCGGAAAAACUACUCAACUUCUCCAAGAUGAGAAUGAUAGCUCAUGUAAUCCGCGAGAUACGUAAUUUCCAACAAACACCAUACAAAAUUGAUCGGAUUCCAAAGGUCAGCGAUUUUCUAUUGGAUCCAGCUCUGGCAUACUCUGAAGACAUGCAAUACUCAUUGUCUUUAGAGCAGGAGCCUCGCGCUUCCCGGGGCUCCGCUAGUGGAAUUACAGUGACUCCACCCUCGCCCGCCUCACCAUCUGCCCAGCGGCGGCGUAGGGCUUCCCUUGCUGCAUUAGCACCUCUUAGAGCUGAGCGUUAG